AUGAGUGCUACUGGUAGAGCUGUGAGUGCUAUUAUUUUGGAUUGUAAAUUUUGGAAUGAUUGGUUUACUGCAUGUAAACUUGUGGGCCCUCUGAUUAAAUUGCUGAGGCUUGUUGAUGCUGAUGACAAACCAUCUUUGGGAUAUGUUCAUGAAGGAAUGCUAAGGGAAGAAUAUACAAUUAAAGAGAUGUUUAAGCAAAACAAGACUACAUAUCAGCCGUACACAGAUAUUAUCAACUCAAGAUGGGACAUGCAUUUGAAGAAAGAUCUUCAUGCGGCAGCUUACUUCCUGAAUCCUUCAUUCUUUUUUAAUGAAAAUUAUAAAGAAGCACCUAAUGUUAUGCGAGGUUUGCUUGAUCUUGUUACCUUGUAUUGCAAGUGUAACAAUUUAGAUUCAGUUGAGGCAAUAAAAGAAAUACAUUUAUAUAGAAAUCGAAAAGAAAGCUUUGAUAGACCAGAAGCUAUUCGAGCUGCAUCUAAACUUAAGCCUGAUGAAUGGUGGAGGUUAUUCUGUAGCUCUGCUCCAUGUUUACAAAAGAUAGUUGUUCGCAUUCUUAGUCAAGCAUCUGCUUCUUCUGAGUGUGAGAGAAAUUGGAGUCCUUUUUACCAGAUUCAUACAAAAAGAAGAAAUAGAUUGGAGCAUGAUAAACUGAAUAACAUUGUUUAUGUUACUUAUAAUUUGCGUCUUAAAUCCAUGUAA